AUGGCCUCGCCGCAGCAACAGCAACAGCAGCAAAUACAGAACCACGCACAAGCGCCUCACAGCCCUAAUCUCCCGUCGCGAAUUGCGUCGGUGAUGAUUAUGGGCCUGACGGGUAUCAUCUCCAGGACAUUCUUGUACGGCUUCAACGACAUUGAAGUCAAGGGCCUCGACAGGUUCAAGCAGCUUCUAGACAGUCGCGAAGAUCCGGAGAGGAGAGAGCGUGGACUUCUCACAGUCUCCAACCAUAUCAGUGUUCUCGAUGACCCGGUAGUAUGGGGUGUCCUCCCAUUAAGUUACGCCUUCAACCCGAACAAUCUCCGCUGGACACUGGCCGCUCAUGACAUUUGCUUCGCCAACCCAACAUUCUCCGCUUUCUUCACAGCCGGCCAAGUCCUCCCCUGCCACCGCCUCAAACACUCCCCGCACGGCGGCCUCUUCCAGCCUUCCCUAACGCAAGCCAUCCGCCUCUUAUCCUCCCAACCUUUCACGCAACCCGGCUUCUCCCCCGCGCCCCUGACCUCCCCCGUUACUUCCCUCUCGACCCCUUCAGCAGUCGACAUCCCCGACCCCUUCACCAUCGGCACCCUCACCUACUCCACCACCGGCUCCGACUCCCACCCCGCCCCCUCCAUCUACACUCGCAACCGACACUCCUGGGUACACGUCUUCCCCGAGGGCUUGGUCCACCAGCACCCGCAGGUCGAUCUGCGGUACUUCAAGUGGGGCGUUGCGCGCCUGAUUCUCGAGAGCGAGCCGGCUCCCGACGUGGUGCCCAUGUUCAUCGAUGGUACGCAGCACGUGAUGAACGAGGAGCGCGGGUUCCCGCGUUUCCUGCCGAGGAUCGGCAAGAAGAUCCGGGUGGCGUUUGGGGAGGUGGUGGAUUACGAGAGGGAGUUUGGGGAUUUGCGGAGGAGGUGGAGGAGGGAGGUGGAGAGGGUACGUCAACAAGAGGAAGAAGAGGUAAAGGCUGCUACGAAGGCUGCAAAGGCUGCUAAGGGGAACGAGUUGGUUACUGUGGAGAACAGCAGCAGCAAGCCGAGGUUGCUGGGUGACUUGCCUGAGCAGCUCAAGUAUUCAGAGGAGGCGCAGAAGAUCAGGAUCGAGUGCGCGAGGAGGAUGAGGGAGCAGGUCCUCAAGGUCAGGAGGGAGUUGGGCGGGUAUGACGAGAGUGAUCCCAACUUUGGAGAGGCGAGCACGUGGGCGCCGGAUAGGAAGGUCAAGGCGGAGAAGUAUAAGAGCAGAGUGGAUGGGAGCGAGAUUAACCAGGACUAG